CAACCUGCUAAAUCUACUGUAAUGACUGAUCCUGCGGUAUUGGCCCAGAGCUCCUCGGUAAACAUAUUCCACGAUGAAUCGAUCUUGCCGCAGCGUAAUGUGAAAACAAGUGAAAAUGUACCCCCGUCGUGUGCGGAGAAAACAUUUUAUGUGCUUUCGAUCAUUCUGAUAGUCCUGACGUUGCCGUGGUCCCUUAUCUGCUGCAUCAGGGUCAUGUCGGAGUACGAGCGGGCGGUGGUGCUGCGACUGGGUCGGCUGCGUACCAAACUGCCCAGGGGACCGGGCGUCAUUUUCCUGGUGCCCUGCAUCGAUGACAUCGUUGUCGUGGAUAUACGCACCAGGUCGUUUGACUUGGAUAGACAGGCGAUCCUAACUCGCGACUCGGUGACCAUCAGCAUUGAUGGAGUUGUGUACUACAGCAUUAAAAGCCCAUUGGAUGCGAUGCUGCAGGUUUACGAUCCGGAGGAGGCCACCGAGAAGCUGGCCAUGACUACGCUGCGCACCGUGGCCGGCACCCACAAGCUAAUGGAUCUGCUUUCCUCCAAGGAGUACCUGUCCAACCAGAUCGAAGGUAUACUGUACAACUCCACAGAGCCUUGGGGAGUGCGUGUGGAGAGGGUGGAGAUAAAGGAGAUCUUCAUGCCGGAUCAACUGAAGCGUGCGUUGGCCGUGGAGCAGGAGGCGAUGCGGGAGGCAAAGGCCAAGGUGGCCGCCGCCCAAGGAGAGCGGGAUGCGGUCAAGGCAUUGAAGGAGGCCGCCGACAUCAUGGAGACCAACCCAAUUGCUUUACAGCUGCGCUACCUACAAACGCUGAACUCCAUUUGCAACGAUAACACCAGAUCCUACGUCUUCCCAUUCCCCGUGGACAUUGUAAGGAAUCUAAUGAAGUGAUUGGACGUGAUUUUUGUGCAAUUGUGCUAUUCCAUAAAUACUCUCCGAACUACAUAUGUUGGUCUCAAUAGGAUCGUUCAAUUAUAUGUGUAUAAGCUCAUGAGAGUUUGUAGUUAAUACUUAAAUAUAAUUGCUCAAUUUAAUAAUUGCAAUUACAAUUAUUACAAGAAUAGAUUAAAUGACAAAGCAAUUUAUUCCCAAA